CUCACUGAGAGCUGCGAGGCAGCGGGUGUGAGCCAGAGUCGGCUGCCGCGGUCCCGGACGCUUCUGUGUCACUGUCCGCUGUGCCUCCCCCAUCCUCGCCACGCGCCGCCCCCACGGGACUCGGAGGGCCUCAGCCGCUCCCGACGGGACCGAGGAGUCGGGACGGGGAAGCCAGCGCUGAGGGAGGGAUCGGGUCCAAACGGCCGAGCCCAAGGCCCCCGGGCGUGGAAGCGGGGGCUAAGGCCCCCGAGGGGGCCCCGCCGCGAUGGGCAACCUAGAGAGCGCUGAGGGGGGCCCUGGCGAGUCGCCGUCGGUGUCGUUGCUGCUGCCGCCAGGCAAAAUGCCGAUGCCUGAGCCCUGUGAGCUGGAGGAGCGGUUCGCCCUGGUGCUGAGCUCCAUGAACCUACCUCCUGACAAGGCCCGGCUCCUACGGCAGUAUGACAAUGAGAAGAAAUGGGAUCUGAUCUGUGACCAGGAACGAUUCCAGGUGAAGAAUCCCCCCCACACUUACAUCCAGAAACUCCAGAGCUUUUUGGACCCCAGUGUAACUCGGAAGAAGUUCAGGAGGAGAGUGCAGGAGUCAACCAAAGUACUAAGGGAGUUGGAGAUCUCACUUCGUACCAACCACAUUGGGUGGGUGCGGGAGUUUCUGAAUGAUGAAAACAAAGGCCUGGAUGUACUGGUGGAUUACCUGUCCUUUGCCCAGUGUUCCGUCAUGUUUGACUUUGAGGGUAUGGAGAGUGGUGAUGAUGGUGCAUUUGACAAACUCCGGUCCUGGAGCAGGUCAAUCGAAGACCUGCAGCCGCCCAGCGCCCUGUCGGCCCCCUUCACCAACAGCCUCGCUCGCUCUGCGCGCCAGUCUGUGCUCCGGUACAGUACUCUGCCUGGCCGCAGGGCCCUGAAGAACUCCCGCCUGGUAAGCCAGAAGGAUGACGUCCACGUUUGUAUCCUUUGUCUCAGAGCCAUCAUGAAUUAUCAGUAUGGCUUCAACUUGGUCAUGUCCCACCCCCAUGCUGUCAAUGAGAUUGCGCUUAGCCUCAACAACAAGAAUCCAAGGACCAAAGCCCUGGUCUUGGAGCUCUUAGCAGCUGUGUGUUUGGUGCGGGGAGGUCAUGAAAUCAUCCUUGCUGCCUUUGACAAUUUCAAAGAGGUGUGCAAGGAGCUGCACCGCUUUGAGAAGCUGAUGGAGUAUUUCCGUAAUGAGGACAGCAACAUUGACUUCAUGGUGGCCUGCAUGCAGUUCAUCAACAUUGUGGUACACUCAGUGGAGGACAUGAACUUCCGGGUCCACCUACAGUAUGAGUUUACCAAGCUGGGACUAGAGGAAUUCCUGCAGAAGUCAAGGCAUACAGAGAGUGAGAAAUUGCAGGUGCAGAUUCAGGCAUACCUGGACAAUGUGUUUGAUGUGGGAGGUUUGUUGGAAGAUGCUGAGACCAAGAAUGUAGCCCUGGAGAAGGUGGAAGAGCUGGAAGAGCACGUAUCUCAUCUCACUGAGAAGCUUUUGGACCUGGAGAAUGAGAACAUGAUGCGGGUGGCAGAGCUAGAGAAGCAGCUGCUGCAGCGGGAAAAAGAGCUGGAGAGCAUCAAGGAGACAUAUGAGAAUACAAGCCACCAGGUGCACACCCUGCGGAGGCUCAUUAAGGAGAAGGAAGAGGCCUUCCAGCGCCGAUGCCACCUGGAGCCAAGUGCUCGUGGCCUGGAGUCUAUGGGUGUUGAGGCCCCAACUAGAGCAGGCCCUACAGAGCUGAGCGAGGGCAUACCACCCUCAGACCUGGACCUGCUGGCUCCAGUCCCACCUGCGGAGGAGGCCCUUCCUCUGCCUCCACCACCAGCUCCCCCUUUACCCCCCCCUCCUCCCCCUUUACCAGGCAAGUGUCCCCCAGCCCCACCUCUCCCUGGAGCUGCUCCCUCUGUGGUAUUGACAGUGGGCCUGUCAGCCAUUCGCAUUAAGAAACCUAUCAAGACCAAGUUCCGGCUGCCGGUCUUCAACUGGACAGCACUGAAACCCAAUCAGAUCAGUGGCACUGUCUUCAGUGAACUGGAUGAUGAGAAGAUCUUGGAGGACCUGGAUCUGGACAAGUUUGAAGAAUUGUUUAAGACGAAAGCCCAGGGCCCUGCCCUUGACCUCAUCUGCUCCAAGAAUAAGACAGCACAAAAAGCUGCCAGCAAGGUGACCCUGUUGGAAGCCAACCGUGCCAAGAACCUGGCCAUCACCCUGCGCAAGGCUGGCCGCUCAGCUGAGGAGAUUUGCAGGGCUAUUCACACGUAUGACCUACAGACACUACCUGUGGACUUUGUGGAGUGCCUGAUGCGCUUCCUGCCCACUGAGGCUGAGGUGAAGCUACUGCGGCAAUAUGAGCGUGAGCGGCAGCCCCUGGAGGAGCUGGCAGCUGAGGAUCGCUUCAUGCUGCUCUUUAGCAAGGUGGAGCGGCUGACCCAGCGAAUGGCUGGCAUGGCCUUCCUGGGCAACUUCCAGGACAACCUGCAGAUGCUCACACCGCAACUCAAUGCCAUAAUUGCAGCCUCUGCCUCCGUCAAGUCCUCACAGAAGCUGAAGCAGAUGCUGGAGAUCAUUCUUGCACUGGGAAACUACAUGAAUAGCAGCAAGCGAGGAGCUGUGUAUGGCUUCAAGCUCCAGAGCCUGGAUCUGCUGCUGGACACUAAGUCCACUGACCGGAAGAUGACACUGCUGCAUUUCAUCGCCUUGACAGUGAAGGAGAAAUACCCAGACCUAGCUAACUUUUGGCAUGAGCUGCACUUUGUGGAGAAGGCUGCAGCAGUGUCCCUGGAGAAUGUGCUGCUAGAUGUGAAGGAGCUGGGCCGGGGCAUGGAGCUGAUUCGGCGGGAAUGCAGCAUUCAUGACAACAGCGUCCUUCGGAGCUUCCUUAGCACCAAUGAAGGCAAACUGGACAAGCUCCAACGUGAUGCCAAGACAGCUGAGGAGGCCUACAAUGCAGUUGUGCGCUACUUUGGAGAGAGUCCCAAGACCACACCUCCUUCUGUAUUCUUCCCAGUAUUUGUCCGAUUCAUUCGUUCUUACAAGGAAGCAGAACAAGAGAAUGAAGCCCGCAAGAAGCAGGAGGAGGUAAUGCGGGAGAAGCAGCUGGCUCAGGAAGCCAAGAAGCUGGAUGCCAAGACCCCAUCCCAGCGGAACAAGUGGCAACAGCAGGAGCUAAUUGCAGAGCUGAGGCGACGCCAGGCUAAGGAACACCGACCAGUUUAUGAGGGAAAAGAUGGUACCAUUGAGGACAUCAUCACAGUGCUGAAGAGUGUCCCUUUCACGGCUCGUACUGCCAAGCGGGGCUCACGCUUCUUCUGUGAUGCAGCCCACCAUGAUGAGUCAAACUGUUAACCCCCAAGGCUGGGGCCCCUGACAGGCCUCCACCUCCAACCCAUUGUUGUUCGCCACCAAGCCAGGAGUGCUGCACCACCUAGUGGCCCCCCUCGAGCUCCAGGGCCCCACUGAGACCCUCUUGAAGGCAGAAGCACUUCAAUCCUCAGUCCUGCAAAAUCCAGCCAGUGGACAUGAAGCCAAGGGCCUGGCAGAAGGUUAUGCUGCUCUCUCAGCUGUGCCACCCCAGCUCUCAGGCUGGAUCUUACCUGUGCCACUGUGGGCACUAGGUCUAUUAGGGGUCUGGCACUUCUCUAGUGCCUCCAGUACUGUACUGUCCCUAUGGUCUUCAACUUCAUUUCUUGAAAGGUCAUCAAGGAUUAGCUCAGAGCUGGGAAAAACCAUGUCCAGCUUUAUUGUACACAGGGGGCAACUAGGCCCCUCUCCCCUGCUAGAGCCCAGUGAGAUGGGAGGAGAAAAGCCAUUCUCCCUGCUUUUUUUCUUUCCUUUUUGCAGUUCCAUGGUCAGCACUGGCCUAACAGUAUCCAGGCUUAGGGAACCUUGGCACCCUGCCAACCUCAGAUCAUCUCUUAUGAGGAGCAAGGCCCUUCUACACCUGGGCCCACCCAGCUGUACCCUCAUGAUAAGGGUAGAGGAUGAUGCCAGGCCCACUGUCCUUCUCCUUGGCUCAUUCCAGUCAGAUGGUGUUCUUGCUGCAGUGGCCUGAAGAGCAGGGUUCUCUAUACCAAGACCUCUAGAGAAAGAGCAUGCCAACAACCUCCUCACCUUCCCUCAGCUAGGUGGUUUUUUGGUGGGGGGAGGUAGGAAGCAUGGUGGUCUUUGCAGACUAUUUGCUCAGUUCCCUGCCAGUUUCUUCUCAUUGCCUAGAAGAGAAUGUGGGACCACCUCUUUUUGUACAUGUACCACUUCCCUUCUCUCUUGUACAUAAACCCUAGUCCUUUCUUCUCUCAACAAAAGCUUGAAGCAUCAGGCUGUCUCCUCUUUCUGAGCUUGGGGGCCAGGGUGGCCACUGAAUUAAAAAGUCUGGGGGAAAGAAGCAUGCCGGAAGGAGGCUGGGUGGGUUCCAACCACACAAAGGGAAGCAGGUCUGUGUGAGACACUAGUGCCCUCUGCUGGGCAUGUGUAUACCAAUCCAGUUCCCAGCCUGUCCCAGAGCACAUGGAGAGGACAAAAGUCACCGGCCAUGUUAUAAAUAUUGUUAUUUAAAAAACAAAACAAAACACACAUACAUCGGGUCCCUGGAGAAAGCAGUGGUGAAGCCCCUGGGCAGGCACUGAUGCUAGAGGGUGAGGACUCAGCCCUAUGCCACCUAGGCUGUAUUCACCAGUCUGUCUCUUCCCUGGAGACCCCAUCGCUCAUACUUGAUCUACUGGUAUUACCCGCCCCCCCUUCAACAUGGCCUGGGGCUGAGGGCAAGGACUGCACUAGUUGUCCGGGAAGUGGGGAACCCUUAAACACCAAAAGCAACCUUGACAGGUGCCAACAGUGGUGUAUUGAGGGUGGAGUUACUUUAGGAAAAGUGGACACCGACCAGACGAAGGAGUCUGAGGCAUACGGUAAGGGUGGCCAAGGAGCCACCACCUCAAGCAGGCCCGAGGCAGAGAGCAGCUUAUCAGGUCACUGGUGGUCAUCCAGUUGCUGUAGGAGUGUCCGCCGCCGCCUCUCUAGCUCCCCCUCACUCAGCUCGCUUUCUGACGUGUCCCAGCCUGUCUGUUGGAGCAGAGGCAUGGCUCACCCAAGCCCCCUGGACAGAGUGCUGCCUGGCUGGGGCCGGGCCCCUGCCUCUGCCUCUCACCUUCUCCUUCUUGAUUCCAAAGCCUGGGGAGCGAUUAGGGAGCUCUGCCUGUCGAAGCUCCCUAUCCUUGUCCUGUUCUUGUUCUUUCUCUUCACUUUCUUUGCCAGCUUUCUCCUCAGGGUCUGUCUCACUCUCAGGGCUGUUCUGUAAAAGUCCAGAGCCCAACUCCUCAGCUCCUGUGGACAGCUAGGAGAUAGGUGGAAUAGAUCCCACAAAAUAGCAGUCUUAGGCAGAGUUCCUUCUCUACUCACCGACUUGUGUCUUCUCUUCUUAGUUUUCUUUUUUGGUUUCUUGGUUUUCCGAAGGCCAUGAUCUAGUGAAAGAAAAUUCCUACUAAGUCCCAAAGGGAAAAAGGAGAGCUCAUCCUCUUCCCUACCACAGCCCUCUAUUCAUUCUUUGCAGACAUGGGCCUUGUGGUCUGAGACAGCAACCUGAGGAAGACUGAAUCUAGUUUCCCUUCCUUCUCUUGGUUUCCUGCCUAGUUCUUUCAUUCUCACAGGUCAGCCCUCCUAAUCCACUCCACCCUCAAGGGUACUUGAGCUUGCUGAGGUCCUCCUCUUAGUCGUCACCCACAGUUCUCCAUCCCCCCGGCUCCCAGCGUCUGCUUACCUGAUCCAAGAAGAAGGUGGGAGGAUGGGGAGCCCCGUCCUCCAAGGGCAACACCCCCACUUUCAACUGAAUCAAGUGAGGAUGAGGGAUCAGAACCAGACUCUGAGGGGUUUCGCCUCCUCCGCUUGGGGGGCCGGAGGGAUGGUGGGGGCAGCUCCUCCUCUUCUGACUCGGAGCCCUGGGCAGAUAAGCAGAUAUGGGUCAAUUGCAGAGGUUCUCUGGCCUCUAGAGCCCUUGUCUGGGAAUUGGGGACAGAGAGGAGGAUCCAGGGCCAAAGAAAUCCUCAAAUCUCCCUCCAAUGGAGGUGACAUAAGGAAAAACAAGAAGUGUAAUUUUUUUUUUAGG